CUUGUGGACCAAGGCCUGAAAUAUGGAAUAUAGCAAAUAGGCUAUGAACACAAGCCGAGGGAAAGAGGUCUCGCCGCCAUUGCUUUUUGCCGCCAUGGCUCCAUAACUUGAAGAGGAGAAGAAUGAGAGGAACCCUCGCCCACUCGACGAGGGCAAUAUCGCCCUUCUCAAAUCCUACACACGCCUGCCCCACCCCCUCCAGUCUCCCCUCGAAUCGUCAUCUUCAGAUCCAAAUCAGUCGGCCUGGAACCCUAGAUUUUUUUUCUUUUUGUCCUUUUUAAUUUUCCUAGUAUUGUUCUAUAGAGGUAGAAAUCGAGCAUUUCUUUGGAAAUCCUGUAAAAAUUGAAACUUUAUCUGUUGCGUAUAAUUUUUCCAGUAUUUCCUUUUCAAUUCUUGCUUAUAAUGCCUCUGGCUGCUCAAAUCUUUACUGAUUUUGGUCGAAGUUCGGUUCGAUGUGCUAUCCUAUUUUUUGAAUCUUUUGUUCCCCUUUGUUGCACGGAUUUUGUUGUUGGGAUAUGGGUUGAAUAUAUUUCAUGGAUCUGCAAUAUCAUCAAUUGAAAAUUGAAUUGUUGUGUUGUUCUUUGAUGACAGGGUCUAGGACCUUAUUCAGCUAGUAUCAGGAAAGUAGAGAAGGAAAUUAAGGAGAUGACGAAGAAAGUCAAUGAUCUUUGUGGUAGAUGGUGGUGAUAUAUAUGAAUCAAAGAGUCUGACACUGGUUUAGCCGCACCAAGCCAGUGGGAUUUAGUUUCUGAUAAGCAAAUGAUGCAAGAAGAGCAACAUCUAGAGGCCGCUAGGUGUACGGAGAUUGUAAAUCCAAACACAAAAGAUGCUAAAUAUGUGAUAAAUGUAAAGCAAAUUGCCAAGUUUGUGGUUGGCUUGGGUGACAAAGUCUCUCCAACUGAUAUUGAGGAAGGCAUGCGUGUAGGGAGACAACGGAUUUUAGAGCAGAGAAAAUCAUUGCCUAUUGCAUCAGUUGAGAGGAGGAUCGUGGAUGAAGUGAAGAAGAAUGACACCGUAAUAAUUGUUGGGGAAACUGGAAGCGGAAAGACCACCCAAUUGCCACAGUUUUUAUAUAAUGCUGGAUUUUGCAAAGAUGGAAAAGUUAUUGGCAUCACUCAACCACGGCGGGUUGCAGCUGUCACUGUUGCUAAACGUGUGGCGGAAGAAUGUAAUGUUGAAUUAGGACACAAGGUUGGGUAUUCAAUUAGAUUUGAAGAUGUCACAUCCAGCUCUACAAGGAUUAAGUACAUGACAGAUGGAUUGCUAUUAAGGGAAGCACUGCUGGAUCCAUAUCUAUCUAGAUAUAGUGUCAUCAUUGUCGACGAAGCUCAUGAAAGAACAGUCCAUACUGAUGUGUUAUUGGGGUUGUUAAAAAAUGUGCAGUUUGUAAGAUCACGUUCUACUAUCAAGCAGCAUAAUUUUGACAACAAAUCUGAGGUGUCUAAUAAAGAAGAUAAGUCUCAAUGCUUCAGUACUUUAAGAGCAUGUCAGGGUGCAAAAUUCACCUCCCUAAAGUUGAUAAUAAUGUCUGCUAGUUUGGACGCAAGGGGUUUUUCUGAGUACUUUGGCGGUGCAAAAGCUGUACACAUUCAAGGAAGGCAGUACCCUGUGGAUAUACUGUAUACAUAUCAACCUGAGCCAGAUUAUAUAGAUGCCACCCUAAUUACUAUUUUUCAGAUCCAUCUAGAGGAGGGUCCUGGAGAUAUUCUUGCGUUUUUGACUGGGCAAGAGGAGAUUGAAGCAGUAGAGAGGCUUGUUCAUGAGCGCAUUCACCAGCUACCUAAAGGCAGUCAAAAACUCAUAACUGUACUUAUGUACUCAUCUCUUCCUUCAGAUCUGCAAAUGAAUGCCUUCAAGCCAGCCCCUUAUGGUUGUCGCAAGGUCAUACUAGCAACAAAUAUUGCGGAGACUUCUGUUACAAUACCCGGCAUCAAGUAUGUUAUAGACCCAGGACUGGUGAAAGCUCGUUCAUACAACCCAGUAACAGGGAUGGAGUCAUUGAUCAUCAUUCCAACCUCAAAAGCACAGGCUCUUCAAAGGAGUGGUCGCGCUGGACGAGAGGGCCCAGGGAAAUGCUUCCGAUUGUACCCAGAAAGUGAAUUUGGUAAACUUAUGGAUUCGACUGUUCCAGAGAUAAAGAGGUGCAACCUCUCAAAUGUUGUGCUACAACUGAAAGCCCUAGGUGUUGAUGAUAUUAUAGGGUUUGAUUUCAUGGAAAAGCCUUCAAGGAUGGCUAUUGUGAAAUCUUUGGAGCAAUUACUCCUCCUAGGGGCUUUAACUGAUGAUUAUAGACUAUCAGAUCCAAUUGGUCAUCAGAUGGCUCGGCUACCAUUGGACCCUAUGUAUUCGAAGGCGCUGAUCUUGGCUAGUCAAUUCAAGUGCAUGGAAGAAAUGCUGAUAGUGGUUGCGAUGCUUUCAGUGGAAUCUAUUUUUUAUUUUCCUCGCGAGAAGAUGGAAGAGGCAAAAGCUGCAAGGAAGAAAUUUUCAAGCCCCGAAGGGGACCAUAUAUCCCUGGUGAAUGUAUAUCGGGCUUCUGCAGAAUGCUUAGAGAAGAGCAGAACAGCAAAUAGUAAAGAAAAAAAAUUUGAAAAAGCUCUAAGGAAAUGGUGCAGGGAGAACUUCAUCAAUUACCGGUCUCUAAGACAUGCACAAGAUGUUCACAGUCAAAUUCAAGGGCAUAUCCAGCAAAUGGGUCUAUCUCUAUCAUCAUGUGGAGAUGACAUGCUUCAGUUCCGCAGAUGCCUUACAGCCUCAUUCUUCCUCAAUGCAGCACUGAAGCAACCAGAUGGAUCAUACAGGGCUAUGUGGAGCAGUCAAACUGUACAGAUACAUCCUUCUUCAGUUCUGUUCCGGACAAAGUCAGAGUGUAUCAUCUUCAAUGAGUUGGUUCGAACAAAUCAAAACUAUGUUCGUAACUCAACAAGAGUAGAUCCCCUGUGGUUACCAGAACUAGCUCCUCAGUAUUAUGCUGUAGAAAAUUAAUGUUUUUUUUUUGUGUCAAAUUUUAAAUUUUUGAUUGAUCCAUUUAUGUGUAGAUCCAUUCUUAAUUAUCUCUUGUAUCAUGCUUUGCAGUAAUUUCUUGCAAUCUUCUCGAAAA